UACCUGGGAAUUCUGUCGAUGUAUCCGCUUGCCUGAACUUGAAGAUCCGUAAAUAAAUCUGUAAAUCACCGGCCGAAUUGUCAACGAAUUGCCAUUAUGACUGACAUUCUUGGUUAUGGAUAUGCGGCCCUCAUCGCCAUCGGUGGAGCAAUGGGAUAUCUAAAAGCAGGUAGCACCAUGUCCCUGGCCUCUGGUCUUUUGUUUGGAGCUAUGGCCGGCUAUGGGGCAUCUCUAACUUCAAAAGACCCAAACAACUAUUUUGUCAUCUUUGGAACAUCUGUGGUGCUAACAGGUGUUAUGGGUUACCGAUAUUCCAACAGUGGUAAAUUCAUGCCAGCUGGGCUUGUUGCAUCUUUGAGUCUCUUGAUGUUACUACGAUAUGGUCUGCGGAUGAUCAAGUAGAAGCUACAAGACCUUCAUAAAGCAUUCAUUGGAGAGAUGAUAUUUUUUCACCAACUGUAUUUUGCUACUUGAACAUAAUGUAAGGUAUCCUGUACAUGUGUAUCACUGUGUGUUGUAAAUUGCAGUGGCUUAUCUAGGGGAAAGGGGCAUAUGCCUUUGACAUCACUUUGAGGGGCUGACCAAAGUGGAAAAGGUGAGAAAAAAUGUUAAAAUUUUGAUGUGACAGACCAUAAAACAAGCUUACAUCAUCAAUAUUUGCAACAGUGUGAAUAUCAGUUUACCCUUAAUGCCAGAUCAGUGCUCCGUAACACAAAGAUUAGCGAUCAUUCGCUAAAUGAAUUGACCAAUCAAGAGCAAUGUUACACACGCAUUUGUCCGCAAGAUACUGAAUAGGAACCAAUCAGAAGUAUUCUUUCAUAUUUGCUAUUCAUCGCAAACCUUUGUGUUACGGAGCCCAGAUCAUGGAUGGGGUGCAAUUUUAGCGCUUACCCCAGAAUUUUUUUUUAAAAAGAUAUUCCUGUGGUAGGUACAUGUACCUAAGUUGGUGUUUGUAUUCUCUCUGUACUAUAGAAAUAAUUUUUACAUUCUGUAGCAUUGGUUUAUUUCCUAUUCAUCUAAUGCCAGUUCGUCCAAUUGGCAACUCUUCUACUACCAUUUGGUCUAUUAUCAGUUUGUCUACUCACCACAUGGUCUACUUUCAUUUAGUCUAAUGCCAUUCCGUCUAAUCUCCAGUUGGUCCAAUAGCCAUUUAGUCCAUAUACUAUUUGGUCUAAUUAAACUAAAGUGUUAAUUGUGCAAAAUGAAUUCAAAGAAAAUGGGUAUUACUAAUAGACCAACUGAUUAUUAGACAAAUUGUAAUAGAUGAAAUGGUGAUUAGACGAAGUGAUAAUUGGACCAAAUGGUUAUUAGACCAAAUGGAUGUUAUACGAAAUCUUGGAUAGAAUGGCAUUAGACUAAAUGAAGGUAGACCAUGUGGUUAUUAGACGAGUUGGCAAUUUACUGUAGCAUCAACUUCAUUUUGAAAGAGGUUCAUUUGUUUAUCAGACAUUCUACCCCUGUCUUUUUUCCAUUUAAACAUUCAUUCAUUUUCCAAAUUAAUUUCUUGUGAUGUUCUUACGUAAGAAUAUUUCAGUUUUGUAAUGAUUUUUUUAUUCAAGAUUCGUAGCGGUGAAUAAUGUAUUGAUGGACCAAGCCUCAGUAAUCACAUGGCUCCUACAACAAUGAUCCAUGGUAAUUAUUAGAAAACUUUCACUAUUUUUCUUUUUGGGCACUUCUGGGGCUGUUGCAUUGUACCUUGCACCAGGAGAGUUUUGCUCUCAACCAAUCAGAUUCAAUGCUUUUAGUAGCUUGUAGCAUUUAUCUAAAAAGCGCAGACAUUAUGCCCCAAUCAGCCUUUCAUGAUAAAAUGGACUGGUGAAAUACAUAAGUGGUUUUGAAUCUGUGACCAUGGUCUAUCAAGAUUUUAUACAUAACGUACAAUUACACUUUUACAUGAAUCAAGACUACCGUAAGUCCCAUUAGAAAUGUAUGCAUUUCUCAAAGUCCGCUAAGUUCACACUUGUUAAUAACUACGCAAACAACAUUAAUGAGCGAACUUUGUAAAAUUGAUUGAAAUAAAUAGUGGGCGAAUUAAUAAUGUCAUCUCGGUAACAUGAAUUUAGCAUAGUAACACGAAAGUGUGCAAUCAUCUUUAGACUCUCAGUCAAUAUACAAACAGUACACAUUCAUGUGCAUUAAGCAUAUUUUCAGACUACUGAUUCCGAAAGAGCCUUUUUAUUUUGGAGCCUUUAAGAGACAUGGGAAUUGCAAGUAACUUAAAUAUUUGUAAGCUCCCAAACUAAGUCCUUGAUUUAAUGCAAAUUUAUAGCGAAUUUACACUCAAUUGCAACUCGACUUUCUUACAAUACUCCAUUGUGCUUUAUUUUUGGUCUUACACUUGGUUUGCAAUAAAACGUACAUGUAAGUUUCUUGCAAUGCCCCUGUAGACAAUAGGGGGGGGUACAUCAUUGUUAAUUCUUUGUGGUGUAAAGCCACCCAAUCAUUAUGUACCACAUUUUUUAUUUUGAAAAUCAGCCACAUUUUGUGGGGUAUCUUUUAAUGCAUUGUAGAGCAUUCUAUGUACGUUGUCAUUUAUCAGAAAUGUAGUGUAUUACUAGAAUAUAUGAGAUUAUCAGGUUGAUGUAAUUUCAUAAUACUGUAUAUACAUUUAAUUCAUGUAUUGACAAUAAACAAAGAACAGUA